AUGAGUAAUUUCGACAUGCUGAGAAAGCUUCAAAUACCGUGGGCGUUUCUGAUGGGGUUCGAAUAUAAUACUUCCAGGCGAUUACAGGAUGUGCUUCCGAGAAAUAUCGAGGUCCUGGUGGUUACGGAUGAGUUGCACUAUCAGAAUAGGGAAUGGGAAAGAGAUGAAGAUGAUGAAGAUGAUGAAGAUGAUGAAGAUGAUGAAGAUGAUGAAGAUGAUGAAGAUGAUGAAGAUGAUGAAGAUGAUGAAGAUGAUGAAGAUGAUGAAGAUGAUGAAGAUGAUGAAGAUGAUGAAGAUGAUGAAGAUGAUGAAGAUGAUGAAGAUGAUGAAGAUGAUGAAGAUGAUGAAGAUGAUGAAGAUGAUGAAGAUGAUGAAGAUGAUGAAGAUGAUGAAGAUGAUGAAGAUGAUGAAGAUGAUGAAGAUGAUGAAGAUGAUGAAGAUGAUGAAGAUGAUGAAGAUGAUGAAGAUGAUGAAGAUGAUGAAGAUGAUGAGAAUGAUGAAGGUCCUCUGCCAGGGCCUCUGUGGUCGUGGUCAUAUUAUGGCAUUCUGCGCGUCCUUCGAUCGUGGUUAACAGAUCGGAUCACCUAUACACCGUAUAUUCGUUGUGUUUCUGUCGUCGUAGGAUACGGAGGAUUCCACGACUGGGAUUUUUGGAGUCCCCGUUUCGUGGACCUAGGUCUGCAGGUUGGAGUUCAAGUGGAACUCCUCAACCUCUCUCCGAAUUUCCCUCAUCUGUACGGUGAGCUGGAGAGACGGGAUCCGUGGAUCGCAGAUACAAUGUUACCGCUUGAAUAG